AUGCCAUGCAGUAGCAGGCAAUGCCACUGGGUUGACAUUUCAUCUUUCGGAAAAGACAAAGGGUUAUCUUUUCAGGAUUCGUUAACAUUUUUAAUUCAUAUCCGCGAAACAUUCAACACAAGUUUCAUGCUGCAGGAACUGAUUCAAAAAAAUUUUAAAUAUCUCACUAAGAAGUCUUUUAUAUUGUUGCACAAGACACUGAUGAGAUCUAAACUUGAAAUCGCUGCAAGAGUUUCGUCACCAUGGCAGAUUGAUGAGAUCAAAGGGGGUGGGUUCAAAGACGUGCCACAUAAGUGGUUGCUGAGCGCAGAUGAUGAAAUUAAACUGAGAGGCUGCAAAAACUGA